AUGUCCUCGCCACAUCAAACCGUGCUCUCGGAACAAGCAAACCCAAAUCCCGUAGAAUUCUUUCAAUCAUGGUUCAAAGAAGCACAGGGAGUGUAUCACGAGAAUGCGAAUGCCAUGAUAUUAGCAACUGCCACUACAGACGGCAUCCCCUCUGCUCGAGUGGUGGUGCUGAGACAUUAUGACGAACAGGGAUUUGUUUUUUAUACGAAUUACGACUCUAGAAAGGGCAGAGAAUUAGAGUCAAAUCCUAGAGCAGCUAUUACAUUUUAUUGGGGUUCACUGGGGAGACAAGUGAGGAUUUGUGGGACUGUGGAAAGAGUAAGCAAGGAAGACUCUGAGGCAUAUUUUAAGUCUAGGCCGUUACAAAGUAAAUUGAGUACAUGGGCUUCGCCACAAAGCCAAGUAAUUCCUUCUCUAAGCAGCCUCCACGAACACGUAGAGUCAUUGAAAUUAACCUAUCCCGACGGCAAUGUUCCUCCGCCUCCAUUCUGGGGAGGGUACAGAGUUAUCCCAAACGAAAUGGAAUUUUGGUCAAGCCAGGAAAACAGAUUACAUGACAGAAUAGUAUACAAGAGAGAUUCUGAGAAGAAUACGUGGGUUAUUGUAAGCUUCUUUGACUUGCUGUUCAAUUCCGGAUCGAUAGACGCCUUCUGGUCAAUUACUGAUGCUACUGCUAGCGAGUUGGCUAAAGCUCCCAAAAUCAAUGAGGAAGGACAAUUAACCAAUAGCUCGCAGAACGUACUCCCAUCACCCGAGAUGAUUAUACACCCGCUUGACGGUGUUCGCGGAUCAGCAGUAUCCGUCGUCGUAACCUUGGAACCCAGUCCUCUUGCAUCUGGUAACGGUAAGGAUACAGUCAAUAUCCGUACCCACCCUAACAAGUCAUUACCCGGCCAUUUCUAUAGGUUUGAACCAUCCAUGCAUGAGUACUCCAAGUCCCCGCAGCAGACCGUCAAGUUGAGAGGACGGUUUCGCAAAUCCCUUCCAAACAGACUUGGAACCAAAUUCUGA